UCUCGGCAUAGCUCCGGUUUGUGUUGGGGGGAUGGUGCCGUGCCGAGGAUGAUAAAGCUCUCGUGGUGUUGUAAUUUACUGCUUGGCUAAAACCUUCCACUUCCUACCCGAGCCACCCACACUGUUUUAUAUAUAUAUAUAUAUAUAUAUAUAGUACCCAUUUACGUAUGUAUUUUGGCGACGUUUAAGAAAAGUGGAGUACCCGUACGUACGACCACAGAGUGCACGCUGAACAACCGAUAAAAUGUAUUCCAGUGGAGCAGCUGGAGCUGCUGAGAUGCUUGAACCACCUCACUCCUCGGGGUCAAUUGGCUCUGACCCCUCUGAUCCAGAUCCCCCAUCUCCCCCAGUGCCAGAGUAUGUGUUCAAACCCCCCUCGCGGCCGGACUUUGGCACCAUGGGCAGGACAAUCAAACUGCAGGCCAACUUCUUUGAGAUGGAGAUCCCCAAACUGGAGGUCUACCACUACGACAUUGACAUCAAGCCAGAGAAAUGCCCCAGAAGGGUCAACCGUGAAAUUGUGGAGCACAUGGUACAGCACUUUAAAACGCAGAUCUUUGGGGAUCGAAAGCCAGUGUAUGACGGGAGGAAGAAUCUCUACACAGCCAUGCCCUUACCCAUAGGGAGGGAAAAAGUGGAGCUGGAAGUGACCAUCCCAGGUGAGGGGAAGGACAGGAGCUUCAAAGUGGCCAUAAAGUGGGUGUCCUGCGUCAGUUUGCAAGCUCUUCAAGAAGCCCUGUCGGGACGACUGCCAAACAUCCCCUUCGAGACCAUCCAGGCCCUGGAUGUGGUCAUGAGACAUUUGCCCUCUAUGAGGUACACCCCCGUCGGACGUUCUUUCUUCACCCCUUCAGAGGGAUGCUCUAACCCCCUGGGCGGGGGCAGGGAGGUCUGGUUUGGGUUCCACCAAUCAGUCAGGCCUUCCCUGUGGAAGAUGAUGCUAAACAUUGACGUGUCUGCCACCGCGUUCUACAAGGCUCAGCCUGUGAUUGAGUUCAUGUGUGAGGUUUUGGAUUUCAAAAGCAUUGAAGAACAACAGAAGCCCUUAACCGACUCCCAGAGAGUAAAGUUUACCAAGGAAAUCAAAGGUAAUCAUUCAUUACCAGGUCUGAAGGUUGAGAUCACUCACUGUGGUCAGAUGAAAAGGAAGUACAGAGUAUGUAAUGUUACCAGAAGACCGGCCAGCCACCAGACGUUUCCUCUGCAGCAGGAGAAUGGCCAGACCAUAGAAUGCACAGUAGCACAGUACUUCAAAGACAAGUACAAACUCAUACUACGCUACCCCCACCUCCCCUGUCUACAGGUUGGACAGGAGCAGAAACACACCUACCUCCCCCUUGAGGUAUGCAACAUAGUAGCUGGCCAGCGGUGCAUCAAGAAGCUGACAGACAAUCAGACGUCCACUAUGAUCCGUGCCACAGCCCGAUCGGCACCCGACCGCCAGGAAGAGAUCAGCAAACUGAUGAGAAGUGCCAACUUUAACAAUGAUCCUUACGUGCGUGAGUUUGGGGUGAUGGUGAGGGAUGAGAUGACCGAGGUGAAUGGCCGAGUCCUCCAGGCCCCAUCUAUCCUCUACGGGGGGCGGCAGAAUAAAGCAAUAGCAACUCCCAUCCAGGGAGUGUGGGACAUGAGGAACAAGCAGUUCCACACUGGCAUAGAGAUCAAGGUGUGGGCCAUCGCCUGCUUCGCCCCACAGAGACAGUGUACUGAACUUCUGCUCAAGGCGUUUACAGACCAGCUGCGUAAGAUUUCUCGUGACGCGGGGAUGCCCAUCCAGGGCCAACCCUGUUUCUGUAAGUACGCCCAGGGGGCGGACAGCGUGGAGCCCAUGUUCAAACAUCUCAAGUACACCUAUCAAGGCUUGCAACUGGUGGUGGUCAUCCUGCCUGGGAAGACGCCCGUCUAUGCUGAGGUGAAGCGUGUUGGUGACACGGUGCUGGGCAUGGCAACCCAGUGUGUCCAGGUGAAGAACGUUCAGAAGACCACUCCCCAGACCCUCUCUAAUCUCUGCCUGAAGAUCAACGUCAAGUUGGGCGGGGUCAACAACAUCCUCCUCCCACAGGGCAGGCCCCUGGUGUUCCAGCAGCCAGUUAUCUUCCUGGGUGCUGACGUCACUCACCCUCCUGCUGGAGACGGGAAGAAGCCUUCCAUCGCGGCAGUGGUGGGGAGCAUGGACGCCCACCCCAGCCGCUACUGUGCCACAGUGCGGGUACAGCAGCAUCGCCAGGACAUCAUCCAGGACCUGGCCACAAUGGUCAGAGAGCUGCUCAUCCAGUUCUACAAGUCCACCCGCUUCAAGCCCACCCGGAUCAUCUACUACCGCGACGGCAUAUCUGAGGGCCAGUUCAACCAGGUUAGACUUGAGGUGCUCCAACAUGAGUUACUGGCUAUCCGUGAGGCCUGCAUCAAACUGGAGAAAGACUACCAGCCCGGUAUCACCUUCGUGGUGGUGCAGAAGAGACACCACACUCGACUUUUCUGCAUGGACAGAAACGAGAGGGUUGGUAAGAGUGGCAACAUCCCUGCCGGCACCACAGUGGACACCAAAAUCACUCACCCAUCGGAGUUUGACUUCUAUCUGUGUAGCCAUGCUGGCAUUCAGGGGACCAGCCGACCAUCCCACUACCACGUGCUGUGGGACGACAACCAUUUCACCUCAGACGAGCUGCAGGUACUCACCUACCAGCUGUGCCACACCUACGUGCGCUGCACCCGCUCCGUGUCCAUCCCAGCGCCGGCCUACUACGCCCACCUGGUGGCAUUCCGUGCCCGCUACCACCUGGUGGACAAGGAGCAUGACAGUGCGGAGGGCAGUCACACGUCGGGACAGAGCAACGGGCGUGACCAGCAGGCCUUGGCCAAGGCAGUUCAGAUUCACCAGGACACACUGCGCACAAUGUACUUCGCCUGAAGCUCCAAGCCUGGGCACCGGGGUCGGCAGGGGUGAGACAGACCCCACAGGGAAGAAACCUUCACUCCUCCCACCUAACCCCUUUACUGUGUCAGGUGUGGGCAUCAGUGGGUUUGUGCCGUCUAUUGUCUCUCCUCACCAGUAAGGGGGAAUGAUAAGUGUCAUCCCAAACAAAUUGGAAUGGUUUCUUUUCCAAAAUGUCCACAAUUGUUUUCAAACCCACACAUGCAAAACCACUUUCUUCCCCUCUCCCUGGCCUAACCCUGGUCAUUAUUAGGCAGUAGUAUGUAAAAUGAUUCCUCAGAAAUCGGUUGUGGUGGGGUGGACUCAUUUAUUUGACAUGUUGUACAUUUUGUCUGUAUUUGUAAAUUAGUAGUUUACAGAGUUUGAGCAAAGGAAAAGCUUUUAUUAGGAAAUACUUCUAUCAAAAACUAGAGGGCAGUAUCCUCACACUUUGUUUAGAAUCUAGACACAAGGUCACACUAAACUGUUUUCUCCAUAGUUAAACUUUUAAAAAAAAUAGGGAUAAAGGGAGGUGGGCAUAUCGAAGAUAAGGGCCCGAUGGAAGGUUUAUAAUCAUUCUUUCUCUUCACAACUUCAUUAUUUAUCAGCCAAUCAAAGCAAAGUGCACUGACCAGAUGGAUACUUUGACCAGGACACAAGUACUUAUCAUGUUGUCUUUUCAUUUGUAUGUACAGCUAUGAAUUGAACAGUACCAGCCGCAGAGUAUUUGUCCAUCAACACUGGUGACCAACACAUGUUUUUAUGCUGCAUCUGAUGACAGCAAGCAUUCGAUUUUCAUUAGACUUUGAAACUGUUCACACUUAUUUUUAAUCAAGACCUAUACAAAUUAAUAAUAUGAAAUCUAAACUGUCGGCAAUUGUUGCUCUCUCUUGCCUUUUUUUACUUGGACUGAGUCGUUUUGUCAAUCUAUGGUCAGUGUUGCAAGAGAAACUUACUAAUAGAAUGGGACUGGUUCCUAACAGACACCUUUUUAUGUUCUCUGAGCCUUGUUACAUGUUAAGACAUCUACAAUAGGGGGAGGUCAAGUCUCUUCAAAUUACAUUUUUGUAUCCCCUUAUUUUCAUGUUGUCUUUCUAAAAAAAAAAAAAUGUAAAAAUGAAUUUGUGUGUAGAUGACUCACACAUUCGAUUUGGAUAUGUUAAGCCUAUCUGUAGUUUUGAUCUUUUUAAAAUGGUUUCAAUCAUGGUUUUCUCCUUGCUGGGGGGGCAAGUCGUGUUGCUGGCAUCUUGUAGUACAGGCGUUGGUGCAUGAAUCGGUACAGUAGAGUGAGCCUAUGCUCCAAGUGUCACACAGCUUAGGGACUGAAGAAUGGGGUGGGGUUCUAUUGGGCGGAAAAGGAUUCCGGAGACUGAUAUGUUCUCUUCAUUAUUGCUCAGCAAAAAAGGGGGGCAAUUAUUCGUAGUCAAGCAAAGGUUUUGUUUUUUUAAUUGUGGUUCUUUGUAGCAUAGCCUUGAGGGACGUAAGGUAUAUUUUGAAUAAGCUUUUAGAAGAGAUUGUUAAAAUUAUAAUAGAAGCAUUUUUUUUUAUUGGCCCAUAUGUAGUUGAAUUAAACUAAGUCAAAUUGGCUUUAUUUGUAUACGCAGAACUUUCAUGCAAAAAAAAUGUAAUGCCUUCCAAAACUGAAAUUAUACUGAUCUUUACUAUAUUUAUUUUUAUUCCCUUUUCUGUUCUCCCGAAUAAUUAGAUUUUAGCAGGGAAUUCUUCAUGUAGCCUAGAUGGGCUAGCUUUUAUCCCUCUUUUCUAACUAUGCAUUGUUUUUAACCAAGAAAUUUUUAGCAGUGAUGUUUCUCAAAUAUGAAUUUAGGGUAUUUUUAGAGUAGUAGUAACUUUUUGUUUUGUUUUUUUGCUUGGUGCAUUUAAUAGUGUUUGUUGUGCUUCUUUCCUAUACCUUUGUAAUGGUAUGGGGGAUUGUAUUUCAUUUGUAUGUUUGCUAGCACAAAUUCGGUAUAUACUUUGUAAAACAAUCUCUCUUCUUAGCCAAACAAGAUUACACAUUUUGUACAUUGAUGCACAAAAGGACAGCUUAAUUACAGGUGCUAGAUGUUUUCUCCUUCACUGUAAUGUCACCUUAAAUCUGCGAUGGACUUCACUUGCCGUAAGUAUGGUAAUAGAUGAAGCAUUUUAGAACAUAUUUUCUUUCUCCCUUAACGAUAUUCAUUACUUUAAUUUCUUAUUCCUUGUAAAGUAAUCCAAAAUCUGACUGUUUGUUGGGCAUUCUUAGAAAUCAAGUACUUGAUAUUUACUGUUAUGUCAAUAUUAUUAUUUGGUGCUGGUCUUGCGACUUGUAAAUUUGGAUGCACUUUUCAUAGAAGUCAACUUGGUAUGAAUUCCAUUGAUUGGUCGAGCCAAGCAGGAAACUCUAACGUACAUUAUGAGUCUGGUGCAAUUGUGUUGAAAUGGCUGUGUGUUCUACCUCUUGUUACCUGUUCAAGUGUUAUGGUAACGUCACACUGCUGGUCAUUUCUUCAUAAUUACACAGGAUAUUAUAUCUGGUAGGCAUCAUUUGAAUCUUACAUUGUCAUGAAAUGGAAUGAUUUUGAGUGUUUGUCAUGUGACAGUCGGUGAACCUGCGUUCUGUAAUCAUAGUUCUUGUGCACGAUCCUAAAAAAAAAUUUUACUUUUUUUUUUUUUUUUAAGUGGUUAGAGAGCUACAUGAUCUUUAGUGUUGAGCUGAAAUUAUGUUGGUCCAACCAAGCUUUUGACUUGUCCUUUUUUUUUCUAUGCGCCCAUGGAACAGCAUUAAUUUAGCGCCUUUUUAUUUGUGGUAAAAUGUUUUAAACCAGCCAAUGCAAAACAUACAGAAAUAUAUCACAACUUCAUUGCAUAUCCUUGGAGAUGGAUGGUAUGUUACCUAACUGACUGCUGGAAAACAUGUUGGUCAAGCCAAGGCUAACAAUUAUAGCUUCUCACCCACAAUUUGAUGAUUUACUAUUGUAGCCUAUGUCAUCUGUCUUUUAAACUAUUAGCUUGAUACUGAAUAUGCAACAUUUACUGCUGUGCUCCCAUAGAUACACAUGGGGUACAUGGAAAGGCAUCUCCCAUGUUGCUUUAAUUGGGUCAUUGAAUAUAGCUGUUCAGUGAAAUAUUAACAUUUUUGUUUUGGAAUGCAUAGUCUAAGCUCUGCCUCGCGUUUAUUCAGGUUAUUGUUUGCUACAGUCAAUCGUACAGAGGGCAGAAACAUGUAGUCAAGUGGACUUGAUGUUAUUGAUAGCUUGAGUUUGUUUUUUUGCUAUGGAAACUAUGAUACAAGAUGUGUGCUUGUCCAUUGAAAUGUGAAUAUUUCCCUUUCAAUGUGGAUAAUGCUCAAUGCUUCAUACUACCAUUUUUCAUCAGUUUUCCCAACCUGAAGUCUGCCCCACCCUUUUCAUCCUAAACUUGUUUCUUGGGAGAUGUGGUCUUGUUUUUACUGCUUAUACGUGUUUUAAGUUACCUAUUUAUACACAGCACCUUAGAUUAUAUCGGACCUGUACAGUAUUGCUUUUCCUGAAAAUAUCCAAAACAUUUAAUAAUGUUCUUUUUUGCACUAAAAUAAAAAAAAAUAUUUUGGAGCUGUUGUCUAGUUGAGUCACUAGUGUUGUCUCAGACGGAUUGAGAGAUCAGAUCAGCUGGUUUGAUUCAUCAUGAUGCUUACAUUGUUUAAUACUAGGCUAGUUUGUCAGGUGAGACCAUUAACUCAUUGCAUUGACAACUGGUCCGAGAUAAACACACGUGCACCUCGAAGUCAGACAUUCAGGUGGUUACACCUAGGCCUAUUUGUUGAGGGAUUCUCCCAGCCAACCAGCAUACAUUGGCUGAUUCACUGAAAAUAAUGCCUUUUAACGUCUUUGUCAGAUAAAUAACUGCCACUGGGUUGUGAUUGAAACUCCUCCCAGAAGAGGGUGCUAAUUCAUGCAUUUAUUUGUUUUGAGCUUUUGUUUCUAUGGCCAUGAAAAAGCUUGAAGGUUGUGAGUGAGACAACAGCAUAUGCAAAGAUGAAACUGACAUCAUACCAUGUAUUAGGAUACUGGGUGGACGUCUGAUAGUUGUGAACAUUGUGAUUUUGUAUAUUGUACUGGUUGUGUAAAUGUGUAGCUAUAGUCUGAUGCCAAAGUUUGUGUGUGGAAAGUGUUCUGCAAGUUGGUUGUUAAAUAUGUAUUACUUGCGUUUAUGGUCGCCAGAAAUACGACUUCCAUAGAGAAAUCACAUGCAUCAACGAAUGUGGUAGAACUAGUGUCAUAUCAGUAUGUAGGAGUUAUCUGCAAACCUUAAGCUUUUUUUGUCAACAUACAUGUAACUGCCAAAAUUAUGGUAACAUUUCAGGGGGGUUUUCUGGGUCAAAAUGGGGCUUGGGUGGUUGCGUGGCAACCGAAAAUGUUAGAGGCCCUCCUGUUGGCCGCAGUGACAAUGUUGCUGUUUUAGGCACAUUUUCUGCAUUUCUACACAUUUUGCCAUGGCUUAUGCUAUCCGAGUGACUCAAACAUAACACAAUCAAUGGGGGCCUCAUGCCAUGACAAAUACUCCUGAAAGCAUCAUUUUGGGGAUUUUAGAUUCUCCUCGACUGUAGCUUUUUAUUUUGGUGAUUUGUUGGUUCUCAAAGAAAUGAUAUAAAAACUUUUUUUUUAAAGUGUGCGUGUAUGGGAUACCUAGUCAGUUGUACAACUGAAAUGUGUCUUCUGCAUUUAACCCAACCCCUAGGUCUGUUUUCUACAUACUUUAUCUGGUUUUAGUCAUUUUAUGUUUACACUGAUUUUUUUUUUUACUGUUUGGACAUAGGCAGCCUGAAAAAAAACCCACUUCUGUGCAGAAAAAACUCUGCACUUGAGUAAAUGAGGGAUACAAAUUAUAGUGAAAGCAGCUGCUUCCACAUGGGUGUGGUUCCUGAGUAAAUUAAGCAAUUAACAUCCCAUCAUGCUUAGGGUCAUGUAUAAAGAUUCUGGGAAGGACGUUAUUUUGGCUACCAAGGCUAUGCCUCCAUAGGAUGACAAUGCCUCUAUCCACAGGGCACGAAUGGUUUGAUGGAAAUUAUGUAAACCAUAUGCCAUGGCUGUCUGUCACCAGAUCUCAACCCAAUUGAACACGUAUGGGAAAUUCUGAGGCGGUCCCUGAGACGGCGUUUUCCAACACCAAAUGGUGGAAUUUCUCAUUUGAGGAAUGGUGUCACAUCCCUCCGAUAGAGGUCCAGACACUUGUAGAAUCUAUGCCAAGGUGCAUUGAAGCUGUGCUGGCCCAACGCCCUAUUAAGACAGGGUGGUUGGUGUUUUCUUUGUUUUGGCCGUUCCCUGUAGUUACAUAGCUAUUUAGUCUUUUUGAGCCAAAUCAGGAAUGUACACAAGUGAGAUACAAUUGCCAUAGGGAACUCAACAGUUCAUGGGUAUGUUUGUGUGGUGUUGUACCAAGAAGUACACUAGUGGCUAGAUUGAGUGAACUGAAAAAUGGCAAGCCCAAGUAAAUAAUGAUGCAAAAUAACAUUUUAAAUUGUGCACCUACCAUCUCCGGUUCUUAAUUAUUACCUGAAAUCUCAAGAUGCUUAUUGACCUACGCCUAGUGCUUUUCUGGGUAAAAGAUUUACAUACACACAGUAUUCCGGAUAAUAGUUAAUAUCCCACUUAAGCUCUUAUUUGGGAUAAGCUGUUUACAUGCACCUUUUGAUAUCCCGCUCACGAGUAUCACUGUGUCCAUGAAUAAAUGGAAUAUUCCUUAUUUUAAGUUCAGAGGUUAAAUUGAAUAGUAAGUGGAAUAUGGACACUGACUGUAGGCCUAUAACCUCUCACAUGCAGAGUAAUAUAGUAAGUCCUGCAGAAUGAUGCAUUUAUUGCAGUAAAAUUAUAGAACAAAUUUUAAUUUUGUUUUGGGAACAAGAGUGGAGAAAUUAGAUUUCCUUCAGCAUCUCUUGACAAAAAUGUGACUGCACGUGUAAUAUUUGACACUGUACUGCAAACAGACAGUAUUUGCACCACAAAAUAUGUACCCAAGACAAACGUGUCUUGGGUUGGUCCUGUGCAAAAUGUACAAAUCUUUCCACCUUUUUGAAGUUAGUGCGUUUUUCUCCCAGGUCCCUGAACUAAAUAGACAACUUUACCGGUGUUAACUAGAUUACUAAUGCAUUCAUUCUAUCAAUGUAAGACCAUUUAUUCUGGUGAGCUCUACUUUAUUUAGUCUUCUGGGACAACAAGUUAUGACUGAAGAGAAGCUGCAUGUAUCUAACUAUAGUUGGCAGACAUAUGACCUACCAAAUGUUGAAAUGUCGUCUAAUUUGGCCGACUAAAUGUCAGAAAUGAUAAGCAGAAAGUUGGAGGUGAAAGUAGCCAGUAGGCUAUACGGUCCAGUACAGAGUGUCAGCAAAAUAAAUCAUCAUGGUGGAUGGAACUGCACAGGUAGCUUACUUUUUGAUUUGACAAUCAGAUGAAAACAUCACACAACACCCAUGAGAUUUAAAACUGAGCCUGUGCAGCCCAAGGAAAAACAAAAUGGUAAACGGGAUAAGAUUUUUUACAUGCCACAGUAUCCCGUCUAAGAUCAGCAUAUCCCAGGUAUCUUAUCUGGAUUUCUCAUAACCGGGAUACAAGCUUUUCGGGGUUAUUGUAAAAGGGAUAUGUUUGUCAACUCAAACUGAAUACUUGAGUAUCCCGAAUAAUAACGGAAUAUUGGUGUGCAUGUAAACGUGGUCACUGACUAACAAGUAUGUUGAUGCGUUUUCUAGAAUUAAGACAUAUCACGUCAAUAGAUCAUUGGAACUGACAAGUACAUUCUGACCAUACAUUCUAGUCCCAGGCCCUUGCAGAAAGAGGUGCUCUCCUUUAAGGCUGGGACAACGAGUCCUAUUGGACUGUCUUUGAUUAUAAUUCAAUAUUGAUAUCAAUAUAUUUUGAUAAAAGUCAAUGUUGAGCAUUUGCCACCUGAUUUGUACUGUCAGUAUGAGUAGUUGAGGAACACAGAUAUUAAUAAAGGUUGUGAAUAAUUGUUAUUUUGGUAUUUUGUCUCAGCCUAAUACAUAAAAUGAGAAUCAAUCCAAUAUUUAUCUUUAUCAUGCUUAUUUGAGUUGUGUGUCCAUUACAUUUUCAAAGGUAUUUGAGAUGGUUUUAGUUUCUUCAUUGCUUAGCUUUACCCCAUAAUAGUUUUUGCUUAAGUGAUUUGUAUAGCUUUGAUUUGGACAGAACAUAGUAGUAUGGAUCCAUUACUUUUCUAUCUUAUCCAAAUACAGUAAUGGCUCCUGCAUCAGAGGUGAUACAGAUGUAAAUGACAACAGAUGCAUGUAUCUGUUUGCGCUAUUGUAUACUGUGGGCAAAACAAAACCUUUUAGAAAAUAUUAAAUCAGACUUGUAUAUACAGAAAGGCCUAUCCCCUUUGCCUUUUCCAGUCUUCUCUUGAAGGUCUACAGUUGAAAUACCAUCCCGGUUUAGUAGAGUAGAACUUAUUUUCUUAACUGAUAGGUUACAAUUUAUGUACUUAAAGACAGUGUUUGUCAUUAAGAAAUGUAUCCACCUGUAAUAUGGUUGUAUAAAAUAAUUGUUAUGCAUGCUCAUUAACUUCAAUCCACAAACUAUAAACCGAUUGGCUACUGAAAGUGGGAUGUGGUCAAGUCAGUCUUUGUUUUCCUAAGUUACUUAUCCUUAGCAUAGGCUAAUGGCACAUAUUGUCAAAUCAUUCAUUCCACUUCAGUCAUCAAUUUCUUACUCGGAUGACUAUUCAAUAUCAUACUGUACAUCUUAUCGCUGGUCAUCACAAUGCAAAAGUUUUUUUUCUCAUUUAAUAUCUUAACUUAGUUCACUUUUGGAUAUAUCAUGAACAUUUUAGACUUCUAUAAAACAAACGUUUUGGCUACAUAAAGUAUCACACAGGUGCAGUCGUGUUUUUUUCCUUUGUUUCUUGUGAGGUGCUGUAAUAUUAGUGAUUUUGGCUUUUGCUUGUCUUAGUUAUGUAAUUCCACUACAGUACACACUAGAUUAGGGGUAUUCAACUCUUACCCUACAAGGUCUGGAGCCUGUUGGUUUUCUGUUCUACCUGAUAAUUCAUUGCACACACCUGGUGUCCUAAAUCUACAUUGGCUCCUGAUUAGAGGGGAUCCAGGUCCAGAGUUGAGUUUGAAGGCACUAGAGACUAAUGCUGCCUCAACCAACAUUCAUUUUUUCUUAUGACACAGAUGACCUCUGACAUGAUGCUUCAUGAGCAGCUGUUAGUGGUCUACAGAAUAUUCUAUUGAAGUCAUAGAUGCAAAAGUUGACGCUUUGGCUUUUCUUUUUUCCUUUUUUGCUGGAAAUAUAGCUUUUGUUUUUAGGAUUAGAUGUAUUUUCUUUCCACAAACUCUGUGACCGUUUCAGCAUGCCCAGCUAGAAAAGUCCAAUAUCUCAGUCCUCUCUCCCCAUUGAGAAGGUGGCACUGCUGUUUUUGAGUAUUCUUUGGUUGAGCUGAUUCCAAGCCCUAGCCCACGAUAGUUAUCAUACUAAGCUUGACCCCCUAUAACCCACAGCGAUGCUGUCUUGAGAUCCUAUUUAAAAAGAGAAUGGAGAACCUUCAGAGCUUCACCAAACGAAUGCCAUAUAGCGGAAUUUCGUGCAUAUAACAUGCAAGACUGACAUUGGGUAUUUUUGUAUCCUUCUACCAACUAAAGCCCUGUUUCCAUUAGCACUUUGAAGUCAGCCUGGGUUGCGCUGACAUUGGUGGGCUAGCUCGAAUUGAGUUUCCUCUGCCUCCAGAAAUGAUAAAUGAUGUAAUGUUGCUAGGUAGCCAAUGUAUAGCUGCUGGCUUCGCUAAUAUUGCUAGCUAGCUAUCACCAUGUUGAAGAGUUCAAUUCACCAUGCUGACAUUACCCCAUACCGUUGCCAGUGCCAGUCAGACUCAGUCAUGUAUUUAUUAGCUUGCUAAAGUUAGCUAACUAUCUAAACAGUUAGCGUCAUCGCUAGCAUAAUACCUACCUUGCUUGCCAUGACAUUGGCUAUUAGCGAGCUAACCAAGCAAACCAGAUGACAGGAUUGAUAUGAUGUAGCUAGCUUUCAAUACGACCUGGCCAGCAAAAAUUCCUGCUAGCUUGUUUCAACUCUUGAGUUGCAAGCUAAUGUUAGGUAGCCAGCAUUCGAGGGCUGACUUCUCAAAGUAUUUUGUAGUGCAAAAAUAAAGGAUACAGCAAUGGUGGUAAAGUGUGUAGUUUGACUACUUUAGUACUGCUUGUCCAUGUGCUAGCUAACAGCAACAAGCCCAUACAAGCUAGCGAAGCAUUCUAAUUGAGCUGGCACCAGCUGUGAAACUGCGCUGGCCCAGGUUUCCCUCGACCCAGCUUGAAUUUGAGAAUUCCAUUUGAGCUCGAAUGUGGCCCUAAUUUGAAGUGCCAGUGGAAACAGGGCUUUAGUAAACUACCUCAGAACGGUCUCGGGUGCUACCGUUGUAUAUCCCUAAUUUAUGACGAAAACAGAAUUUAUACUGACCAAACAACACAAGUCAAUACUGUGUAUUAUAUAGACGUUAUUAUUUUACAUUAAAAACGAAACAUCUACGGAUGAACUUUGUUUUAGUAUGUAAAGUUCAAGGGACCAAAUUUUGUAAUUGGAGUUAAGUCUCAAUGUUCUUACAUGCAUGUGAGUCCUCCCUUUAAAAAAAAUGUAGUGAUAACAAAAACAACAAAUGAACACGAACAAAAUGAGUUGGGAUUCGUUCAUGUGGCUGUAGUCAUGGCUGAAUGAUAUAUUGGCGUGCCAAUGGAAUGGCUUUUUUGAUCGACGAUUAAUCGAUAUUCCUGCAAUAGGUUUUUGGUAGUAUUAAAUAGAAAUAGUGGGCUGCAGAUGGCGAGAAAGAAGCUUGUCAAUGGGAUGUUGUAUGCAGAGCAAUAACUGCUGAAGUCCAAACUAGGGUUGUGAUUUGCUUGACUAGGUUUAUUAGGGGGCCUAGUCAAGGUGUAUGGCAAGUCUCACCUAGUGAGCUACAUGAACCUUGGCUUGUGGUCUAGUGUGGCAUCUUUCAUUCGGCAUUUAAGAGAUUGCAAGUGGAUGUCUGAUAAAUGGAAUAUACUUAACAAACCUACACUACCAAAUAUAAAUGGUCCACAGUUAAAGCCGAGUGUCUGACAUGAUCUGCAUCUCUAAGUGAUUUUAUCCAGUAUCGCAAUAACCCA